AUGAAAGAUGCAGGCAAGCAGGAAAUGGGGAACGACCUAGGCCGGUUACCGAACUCGCUGGUAAUGCCCUCAAGGAAGACCUUAAGGAAAGAGUUUGGUGGCCGGGUCGGCAAAUGGGCGAAGCUAUACUGGUUCAGCCUGAAGACGUCAGUGACGGAUUGGUAUGGAAUAUUCUACUUCCGAAGGUGGGACGCGAAGCGAGAUCCAACGACCGGGAAGAAAAUGAAAAAACCUAUGGAACUGGCGGAGAGACACGAGAUUGCUCGCCAACUGCACCAAGCCUUCAACAGCGCCCUUGCCAGAGGAGAUGUCAACGAACUCGAGAAGAUCACCAGCGAUGGAUUAUUAUCCAAGGCGAAGACGCGGAUCGAACUUCGAAAGAAGAGAGGUUAUCCGAGCGAGACCUGGCAGAUCAGGAAAUAUACGGGCAUUACUUACCCGAAAUGGCUGGAGAAAUGGCCCAUCUCGGUCUUCUUGCCUAGGGCGAGCACCAGAGUGGUCUCAGACAAGCUGGCUCCGUUGCCUCUCCCGGACUCGUACAUCCGACAAUGCAUUGUGCGCAUCAAUUCCGUCCAAAGUUACCAACUCGCCAACGAGGACUUCAAGCUUGCCAAGCAUACCGAGUACGUUGUCAUCCAGAAACUCACCUUCAAGGGUGAAGACGGACCGUGGCGCAUUUGGGGCACCGUUGAACCCUCCACAAUCGAAGAAAUCAAUGGCAUGCUGGACGGGCAGGAAAUGCAAUCCAGCUUUUCCGAGAGGUUGUCCAGUGCAAUGUCAGGCAAUCUUCCUGGGAAUGUCUAA